AGACGUGACGCGGACUGCACGGCGCAUGCGCGACUUGCGCUAUAACAAGCGCGGAGGGACGCAUGGCGCCCGCAGUUCUCGCUUCGACUCCAGCCGCGCCAAACAUGCACAAUACCGGCGCAAGGCCACCUCCAGUCUGACCACGCAGCUCAGCCGGCCGAAGGGACCUCCGCGCUACGGACAACGCCGCCGCCACCGACGACGACGACGACGACGUCGACGACGCGCUGUACUCCUACUCUUCAGAUCGUGUUUUGCUUUAUCAGUUCUCCAGUCAGAAGAGCCGAGGACACUGUUAGCCUUAAGGGACUCACAGCGUGCCAGUAGUGCCUGAGCAGCCGCGUCGGUUUUCUUCGCGAAAUGUUUUCAGAGCGUGAGGUUUAGGAGCGCCUGUUGACCUGCAACCCUUCGUGCAGUCCUGCUUCGACGAUUGCAUAGACAGAUGUGCGCGCCGCCCGCGGUGUGCUGCGUGCUGGCGGGCGUGGCGCUGGCGCUGGCGGUGGCGCGCGGCCAGGCCGGCGGCGCCUCCCGCUACCGCUGGACCAUCCCCAAGGAGCAGAUCUUCAGUGACAACAAGGUCAUCCCCUUCGACCAGCAGGUCUCCGAGUUCCUCUACAAGGGCGAGACCAAGAUGUUCUUCCUGGUGAAGAAGAAGCGUGAGGGCCCACUGUCCAUCACGGUGACGCCGUGCACCUCCAGCCUCCUCUGGUCGGUGGGCUACCGCAACGUCAGUAAUGACGCCGAAAUGGGCGACCCGGAGCCGGAGCAGUCGCUGGGCGAGUACCGCGGCCGGCAGCUGCGCACGCUGCAGGUGCGGCCCGCGGCGCCCGGCCUGUACACGGUGCGCGUGGCGCCGCUCGAGGCCCAGUCGUACGUGAUGCUGUACGCCACGCAGCAGCCGGGCGGGCCCGGGCCGCUCUCCGUGCGCCACAGGCCGCGCCUCAAGCUGCAGCGCCGGCAGCGCCGCAAGGGACUCACCGUGCGCUGGGAGCCCAGCUCGGUGGACCCGCACCUGAUGCACUACUGCCUGGUGGUGAACCCGCGGCGCCACUACUCGACGCUGUGCGAGGCGCGCGGUGAGCGCUACGGCGUCAUCCCGCCAGACGCGCCGGAGCCGGCGGACGGCGCGCCGGCCGGCUUCAACUUCCCGCACGACGUCGCCGGCGCCACCAAGGCGUCGCUCGCCAGCAAGGCCGAGCGCCACAACGCCAGCCGCCUCGGCCGCGGCACGGGCGCGGAGACGCAUGAGGACAUAGUUGUGACGUGCGUGGGCCACAAGACGCAGUACACGCUGUGCCACCUGCAGCACGGCAAGGUGUACCACGUGAACCUGUUCGCCGUGAACAAGCGCACCAACCUGAGCUUCCCGUACGGCAGCACGACGCUCAAGUACGAGCAGCGCGCCCGGCCGGUCGCGCUCAGGGACGGAAAGCGCGCCAGCGUGAACCUGCGACACCUCGACGGCCGCGCCUCCUUCAAGUUCAAGGUGGGGCGCAACCCGGGCCCGCAGCUGGUGGCGUACGUGAUGGCGUGCGGCGGCGGCUCGGUGGACGUGCGCAUGCGCGUGGACGGCCAACAGGCGGGCGGGCGCACCCGCGUCGACGGCUACGCGCGCCUCGAGCUGGGCCAGCCGCGCAAGGGACAGCGCUACACGCUGCAGGUGGCCGCGCCGCACCGAGAGGAGCUGCGCCGCGUGCACGCCGUCGAGGUGCUGGCGACGACGCGGCCGGAGCGGUUCCCGCUGGUGGAGCUGCCGCCGCGGCCGCAGCUGCACGAGUACGAGUCGCUGCGGCGCUGCCGCUCGGUCACCGUGGGCUGGCUGCCGUCGCCCAGCGCCGCCUCCAGCGCCCAGCCGCUGCGCUACUGCCUCAGCGUGCGCGAGCGCGCGCACGCCGACGACGAGCUGGCGCCGCGCCCCAACCAGUGCGCUCUGCGCCGCGCGCCCGCCACGCAGCCCCUCUCCAGCACCUGCCGCGAGGGGGAGACCGCCGCCAACAGAGCGAGUAAUGUGACCACACAUGAAGUCACUGGUCUGGAACCAGGUCACAGUUAUGUGGUCCAGCUCACAGUGCAACGGCCAGGUGGACGACCUCUCUCAUAUGAUCUUCUGCCAGUGCGCACCACAACAGAAUGUCUGCAAUAAGUUUAUGUGUGCAUUCUCUUGCAUCUAUCAACUUAAUGUAAGAAUGAUAACAGAUGAUGUUGUGAAUGUAGCAGGAAUGUCUGUACCUGGACUCUUACCUUUCCAUGUAAGGAAACAUUUAAGACUAAAUAUUAUAAGAGGCUAUGGACAUAACAGGUAUAGGGCCUUCAUAUAUUUGCUGCUCAAGAUAUGUACUGUCUUAGUGGCAUGAGUUUAUAUGUGAAUCAUUUGAUAAUUUAAUUUUGUUGAAGUAUUAUUUCUAUUAGUUAAGGUCAAACCAAUGUUGAAUUGUAGACUGCGCAAUAUUUAUAUUCUAGGCACAGUUAGUUAAGUCCAUAUUUUCUGACCAUGUUUGAUACAAUAUUGAUUAGAUUUGUUAUGUAAUAGGAAUUUAAUUUCCAAGUAUGUGCCAAUAACUAAUAAGCUUCUGCAAUAUUACACAUAGAAUCCAGCAUACCUGUGUAGAAUGGUUGCUUUUUCCACACUGUGAUCAAGGAGAGACGAAAUUCCAUGAGAAAUGUAUAGAGAACACAAUGUAGUCUUCACAGAUUGUAGAUGAAAUAUCAAAACUCUAAACCACUUUUCAGCACAGACCUCACAACAUUCAAGAUAAGUCUCUACAUGUGACAAAUCUAUAGCCUCCUUACACAGUGUUAGCAAUACCUCCACCGAACUCUUUCACAUUAAAUUGUACUUAAUUUUCUACCAUUGAUUUCUCUUGGAAAUCUUAAAUACAGUCAUUCAAUACAUGAUGCAAUGAAUGUGCGUAAUGGUGAAGAUGCUUUAAAUUGAGAUUAUUCUUGGUCUUGAAUAUCCACGCAUAGCUGUACAGUAAUACUAAACUAGAAUAUCAAAACAAAUACAUUAUUAACAUUUUGACCUGGGUUCCUGUAAGAAUAGUUCAGAAAUAAGCUGCAGUGCUAUCCCUGAAUGUAACUGUCAUAAUAGUAUCAAUGUAUUUUAAGUGCUGUAUACUCUGCAGGGUGCUUAAGUAACAUACAAUGAAAGUGACAUUUUACAUAAAUACACCCAUAAUGCUUUAUAUUUUUGAGAUAAUGUCUGUUAUUUUCUUCAUACAUUGAACAAAGAUGGAAAAUUCACCAGUCUGAAGAAACAUGUUCUAAAAGGACAGCAUAAACAAAUGCAAACUUUAUAUAAAUGAAAUGACAGAUAAUGCAAUAGUGUAUCAGAUAUGUAUUUUGUAAAUGGUUCAAAAAGAGUCUUAAACCAGUAUCCAAAUUUCUUGAAGGUUAUUUGCUAUAUCUUCAUUGUUCUGUUUGCAACCAUUCACAAAAUGCAGCUUUGUGAACACAAUAGAAUAUGUGCACGUGUCCCAUACAUGCAGAGUUCUUUUUUUCUUUAUGUCAAGAAUCACUAUACAAAUACAGAAUUGGCCACAAUCUAUUCAGUGUAGCAGUUAUAUUAAUAACCAGUCACAUCUGCUCUAGGGAUCACAAUCAAAAGACUUUCAGAUCCAUCCAGCAAAAGGGAGGAAUUAAUCCUGCUGAAAGCCACUACAUUAAUGUAGAUUGACUACAAUUUUUUUAGGAAAAGAACAAAGUCAUUAAUUCCACUCUUUUUUAUGCCACAUUAGAAGCUCUUUGCAACAUCACAUACAUCUUUUGUAACUGUAGAUCCUUUUGCCAUAAGAUCUGUGCAUUACAAUAGUUAAUACAAUCAGUUGGUACUAUGUACUUUUCAAAGAGGUUAAUGACACAUAACAGUAUGUAGAGUCAAUAAACGACUGAAAUUUAUUGAACUGAUUUCUUGUCUGUGAUCAGUUAUGCAGUAGGUAAUGGAUAGUAGUUUGUGGGAUGAACAUGUCUUCUUGAGUUUCACAUACACGUGUUUCUCUGGAACUCCAUUUGAAUUUACUAUCCCCUGAAGACUCUCUUGGAACAUGCCAAGUAUUGAAGAAGUACCUAGUCAUUCCUUAAAAAUUCUUCUGCCAGAUACACCCUGCUCCAUGUAUUUCCUUGCAUAGAAAAAUUAUCUGUAUUACUUAUUAAAAAGUGGUUCUUGAUGUUCUGCUGCAAAUUGCUUUAAGCAUCAUCUCAUCCUUGGUCAACUACUCACAGCAUACUCAUGCCUUCCCUAAAAAUUAGUGUGUGUACACACACACACACACACACACCUAAGUUUAUCUUGAUAAAUUACAUCCUAAUUAAAUUCAGAAUACAAUUUAUGCCAUUAGUUUUACUAUAGACAUCAGGGAUCUUUUAACAUUUUCAUGUAGGUUAUCUUGUUUGACUCCAAUGAAACUUUGAAGCAAAAAAAAUUGCCAACAGUAUUCAAAUUCUGGUGACUCAUACUUGUUACAGAGUGAAUGAAUUUAUUUAACUUGCAAAAUAGAAAAGUCUCUCUUCUUUAGAAUAUUAGUGACAAAAGCACACAGAAUAGUCCUUGUACUAGAAGUAAAUACAGUCUGCUCAUUGCUCAGAAUAGUAAUAUAAUUAUCUGUUCUCAGGAGCUCAAAACUUUUUAAUAACACACAAUUUUCUUGUCUAACAAUGGAAAUCAUGAGUUGAAUAAUAAUUUGAAUUAGAACAGAUUGCUAGGAGACAUCAAGCAGUAAACUGUCUCAUUUAAAAGUAACCUCUCCGAUGUUAGUUUUUGAACAAAGUUCUUUCUUAAGUGAGGAAGGAGUUUUUGAACAAAGUUCUUUCUUAAGUGAGGAAGGAACACACACACACACACACACACACACACACACACACAACUCUCACAUAUAUGGUUAAUGUCACCUCUGCUUGCUCUAGGGAUAAAAGACGUGUGCAAAGCUGAACCCAGAAGAGGGAUACAGGCAGCUGGAGGACUGGGACUAGUGAAAACUAAGGCCAGGGAGGUUACAGAAGUAAAGAUAAUGUUGCAGGGGGAGUUUCCAAAGGUGCAAUUUAGAAAAUCCGGCACUGCUAGAAAAUAAUCCAGAUUUUACAUAACCCUUUCCAGAUCUCUGCUUCUCUCCUCUCCCUUUUUCCCAUGAUCCCACAUCCUUGUACUUUCCCACAGAGAGCAUUUCCCCCACCCACACCCUGCUAACCCCCAUACUCAUAACUCACACCACGCCUCUUUAGUGCCUCCAAACUCAGAUGACAGAGGAUUGCUUUGCACCCAGAUGUGACUGUGGCCAUUUGUGUGUGAGGUUUUGAGUAUGUUUGUGUUUUUCUUCCUGAUCUGACGAAGGACUUUGUCUGAACACUAAUACCAAACAGUCUACUUUUAAAAUGUCUGCCCACUGCUCAGUCCUACCUGUCUGUGGUAAGUAGUACUCUAUUCUAACACAUAUGAUUUUUUUAAUAGAGUUUUUCUUAAGAGCUACAACACUAUUAGCAUAUACAACAAAACUAAUAAGAAAGAUAAAGGAGAAAACUGUAAGAUAGAAAAUGGGUGCCACAGGUGUUGUAUGGAAGUAUUAAUAUUUGAAAGUAACUUAUUUACAUCCUUUCCAGUACUGAGAAUAAUCAGCCUGACAUAUUGUCCUCAAUCAAGAACUGAAAUUAUCUGCCAAUUUUUUAAGUAAGUAACUCACAUCUUGAAAAUAAAUUCAAAACUAAACUUGAAGCAACUGUAAAGGAUAAUUGUAAUUACUGGUAAGAGGAAGUUCAUCAGUUUCAAAAAUGAAAAACAUCUUUCCAAAUUAGUUUAAGUAAAUACCUUCAUAAUAACAGAAGCACAUAAAGCUAUAAAUAAGAGCUAAUUAUAGCAUCAUUAAUAGUGCCUGAUAAUUAGUUGAUUAUUUGAGGUAAUCCUUGCCUUGCUAUGACAUGAAAACUAGCUCAACCCGAUCAUUUACAGGAAGGACUGCAACUGCUAAAAAGUUCAAAUCACUGUACAGCUUGGAAUUUUUCACAAGUGCAAAGCAGUGUCAUAGAUAAUUCCACACAACAUACUGCAAAAAUUCCCAGAGCUAACCUAUGACCAAAUCUUUAUUUUUGCAGACUUCCCAUUUAGCAAUUAAUUUAUGUAUCUACUGCCAAUAACAGAAACAAGUCAUGGGAGAAAACUAUAAUUCUCUAACUACAAAGCCAGUGCAAAACCAAACAUGAUGUGGGUCAAAUUCAGAACCAAGAAGUGAAAUAUAUGUUUCUUUCAUUGAAUUUUGUCAGUUGUUCAUCUUUUAGAAAGUGUGCAUUCCUCACACCCUGUACUAUUGAAUGAUUAUGUCUUUGCCUUAUUGCUUCCUUUGUUUCUCUAUUGCUCUACAUUAAUAGUUGCAUGAGAGGGAAUCUUCUAUUCUUGAAGAAUGACUCCAUUAAGUUUACCUUAUUUCUAAUCUCUAUGUUGUUCUUUUUUUCUUAUUUAAAUGCUGUAUAACACAAUCAAUUCCCCCCAUUGGGAUGCACGUAGUAGCCAGAUUGUAUUAUACAGUUCUUUUCAUGUUUCUGUCACAAAUCAUACUGAUUAAAACUGAAUUCUUUGUUUCCUUGUUACUUUAAAAAUACUCUUGCUAACCCUUCCACUUUUCUGUGUAUCACCUUCCACUGAGUAUGAUGGCUAUUUAGAUCUUUCUCUUUCUUUCUAAAUUCCUUUCUACCUACUUUGUUUCCUUUCCUCAUAUCUACCAAUUUUCUUCUUACUCUCCUCCUCCAUCUGUUCUUUUGCAUCUCUUUUCUGAAGUGCUGUUUUGUGAAGCAAUUCUCUAUUCCUGUUAUUAUUUUCUGUUGCACUGUUUUUGUUAAGUUACCUCUGUAAUUUUCAAACUUUUCUGCAUCUGGGAGGGUUACUAAGCAAUGCACUGUCCCUCUUUUAGAUUUCAUGGCUGAAUCAAAUAGUAUGAUAAAAUAGUCAUUUAGUCUCUCUUUCAAAUAUCAAACUUACAAUAUGAGAAAAGGAAAGUUGCCACUCACCAUAUAGCGGAGAUGCUGAGCUGUGAUAGGCACAAUAAAAAGAUUCACACAAUCAUAGCUUUCAGCCAUUAAGGCCUUUUUUCAGCAGUAGACACCCAUACACACACGUGCACACACACACUCAAGCAAGCACAACUUGAACUUGGAGAGCUGAAACUACACUACUAUAGUUCCAAAUCUCUGAGACUGCAGAUGUGUGUUCAAGUAGCAACGAUCCUUUUCAUAACAGAUAAUGUGAAAUAUAUAUUUCAUUUUAGAAUAUGAUAAUUUGAUGCAAUUGCUCUCUCUCUUUCUUUCUUGUUGUCUCUCAUUAUCAGCCCCGAGCCCCCCCCCCCCCCCUCCCCACCACACACACACACACACACACCACACACACAGUGUAAUACUAUUCAAGUAAGUCUACAAUUAUAUAGUUGUUUUCCUUUCCUGAUUAGAGUAUUUGUAUCAGUUUCAGUAAUUAAAAUGAUUCCAGAAAGCUAGUUUUAGAGGCUUCAUUUGUGACAGUAGCCAUGUUAUUUUAAAGCCAUAGUUGUGGCUUCAUUUUUAUGUCUUUGUAGAUACCAACUCACACAGUAUAAGACUAUAUGUUUGCAUAACAUCAUUAUCACUUUUUGACAGAGGUUCUAUUUACUGUAUGCAUUACAGAAACUAUGUCUUCUGUAUUUCCACACCCUCAUUAGCAGGUUCCAAAGACUAUGAAAAAAAAAUCCCAGGACCAUCAUCUCAAUUUCAUCCAGCCUUCUGAAUGACCUUUUGAAUCUGAAUAGUUACUGCUUCAAUUACUACAUAAGUCUCACUCAGAACAAAGUACAAUUUUAAAUUAUGAGCCACACUGCAGAAUGCACAUUAAAUAUUUUCAUUUAUUUCACCUGGCAAAUAUUAUUAAUUGUGUAUUAUUGACAAUCGGCCCUCUUCUUAAUUUGUUACUGGAUAUGCAAUUCUUCUCAUAUUUUUGAAAAUAAGAAAUAUUUCCCAAGUGGUGUUCCUAUCUUUACAACUUACUGUAGAAGUAUAUUGAAGCUUCAGACAUACAUACAAAUUCAGUUUCUCACAUAAAUGGAAUCUCUUGUUCCAGAAAAUAAAAAAAUAGAAAUCAUUGUUGCAAAGGAAAAGAGUCUAACAACUGAGCUGUUAAAACACAGACAACCAGAGAAUAGGUGACAACACAAAAAAAUACUGUAUUGAAUCUCUUUAAGUUCAUAACUGUUUAAAGCAUUUUUUUCAUGUUGAGUGAGAGGGACACUGAGGAGACAGGUGAACACUAAGGAGAGCUGAUACAGUUCAUCUGGACUUUGAAUCUCAGCAAUUGUAGUCUGUUGUAUUUGUUAUUUUUUCUUAAUCUCCCAUAAUGUCUGCAUUUCCUGUUCAUUGUUCAGAGGAACUUCCCUUACAUAUUAAUAUUGCUCAUCUUCUCUUUCACAUUGUGUUACCUACACUUUCAAGCUUUAUGUCUUGAUAUGAAAAUUAGUUUUCACAUUGUCUUUCUUCAUAGUUACAGAUUUAAUCAGCCAACUCUAUAUAGCCAACUUCAGAGUUAUAAAAUAACUCUAAAAAUUGCUUCUGAUCAAACACUUUAUCAUAUUUCAUAUUCUGUCUGUAGUAUUGUAAAAAAGUGGAGUGAGUUUCAAUUUCUUGUCUCAAGAAGGAUUUGAGUAUACACUCCACACCUUUUUCUGUUAAUUAAAAUACUACAAAAUACCAUUGUGCCAAAAAUUUCUGGUAUGUUGCAAGUUGCAAAUAUCUGAACAGCACACUGAGAUCAGUUGUUGAGCGGAUGUGUCAGGAAUGAUAAGUUCAUUAAGGUUUAUCAAGAAAGUAAUUUUAAAUUGUAUGGAGCACUCUUAAUAUAUAAUUUUGUCUUUUUUUUAAGACAUACCUGUUGUAAUUCUAAGUUAACGAAACUUCUCAAAUGCAAAUUAUUGGACUCUUACAAUUAUGAAUAUUAGGCAUUUGAAUCAUAAUGUCAUGUAAGGACCCAUCAAAACAAUAAGAACAUUUUUCAUCCAAAUUGGUGUGCAAUAAUAUAUAGAAAGAGAAGUGUUAGAAAGUGCACAAGUGAUGAUUUUAUUUUACAGUACCCAUUACCAUACAGAGCAGCUAUUCUGAAUAAUUUCUUAAUAUUAAUACUUUUUUUGUCUUCUGUACAUCUUUAUUAUCUACAUAAAAAUAAUAACACAAAAGAAGUUUAUACUUAGUCAAUAUGUUUUAGACACACUGAGCAUUUACCUUUAUUUACAAAAGUAUUCAUAAUAUACCUCAAGAAAUUUUUAUGAAUGAUGUUUUUUAAAGUUUUUAUGAGGCUAUUUGUGUUUUAUAGACUGAACAAAUAAUUUUUGUGAAAUAGGAAUGAACAUGGGCACAAUAGAAAUCCUUGAGUAUAUUAUUUGAGUCAUUUACCUGAAGUACUGUAUAUAUACCUUAUGACAAGCAAUAAGAGGACUGAGACCCAUCUGUAGUACUGUUACCAUAAACACAAACUAAAUAUAAAAUAUCUUUCUUCAAACACUGAAAACUGUGAUGACAAUAAGUCACUUUAUCUGAUUUUCUUUUCUAAUUGCUCAACUGAUGAAUAGCCGACUCUUUCCGGAAAAGAAAAUUCUUCACCACAAAAAUCACCAAUUGUAUAUUACAAGAGAGUGAUAAAUGUAAGUGAUUAAAAUUUAGAACAAUGCACUCAAAUUAUAAAGAGCAGUGGACCACUAGUGGUUUGACAUUUCUACUAUUAGUGGCUUGUCCUACAAUUCCUUCAUGUCAUUCUAUUUCCAUACCACAUAGUAUAUUGCAGUCCCAUAUAUCUUUUUGUUUUCUGUCUGCCAAGUGUUAAAUUACAAUCAUCUUUAUUUUAUAUAUAUGUGCUAGAUUAUGCUGCAUACAAUCAUCAUAAUUCCUGAUAAGUUGUUUCACUUACAUUACAUACAGUACAACAACAGAGCACUGAUUACUCAAAAGACCUCUUUUCCAUCUCAUCAGGUGAGGCAAUUAGAGAAAGUACAGAAUUAAAAAUUAUAACAAAACUGGUUAUUUUAUAUUUUUUUGUUCCUUCAUCUUUCUUCACCUCAGAUAUGAACGUUCACUGAUUGAAAGUUAGUCUGCUAAUCAAACAAUACUUACAGUGAUUUUCUUAUCUUGUAAGUAUUUCUUUAUGAAUAAAUAACAGAACUGUGUUUCUUCAUAUUUCUUGCCCAUUUUCAUUCCUAGUGUAUUGUGUGCUUAGUUUUCUUUUUGUAUUGAUAAUGUGGCAGAUUCCACAUAAUAAACCAUCCAGUGUAUAUAAUCUUAAGUAAUGAUUUUCUUAUUUAUUAUUAAGAAACUGCCUCUUAAUAUGAGUUACUGUACAUAUGAAUGAAAUUGUGAAUAAACAUUUUUGACUGUUUUA